AACAACCUCGGCGUGACCCUAGCCUUUUUGUUAUUCGAGCAGACAACGAAGAAUAUGUCCCGGAUCUUCAGGCCUUAAAGGUCCGCUGGAAUGAUCCACGAGACACUCUCAAAAGGAAAUGGUACGGAAGUACAUAUUCUCCCGAACAGCAAAAGGAGCUUGGUCGGCUAUGGAUAGCUGACAUGAAGAGACUCCGUUGCGAUAUGGAAUUCUUCUUCUGGUUAGAAAAAACUGGAAGAAUCGAAAACCAAGUCGAAUCUCUCAACGCUAUUGUCACCAAAUGGUACACUCAGCGUAAUACCGUGGUAGAAUCCACUACCCCUCCUCUCGAAGGACUUAAUAUUUCCUAUUCCAAUGAAGUCAUUAAGGCUUCACCCUUCAAAACAAAGUCUGAUCGAGGUUCCAUGGCACCUCAAAAUAGAGAUCUGGAUAGGAUAAUUGAACAAAACAAUUAUACCAAUCAGGUUCUCCAUACUAUAUCCCAGCAGAUAGAGGACACCAAGAGUACCCCUCUCUCUGCCCCUUUACCGGUCAAGAGCACUUCUUGCUCUAAGCCUCUUUCCAACCCUAUCUUUAAACUCCCUGAGUUUAAUAAAGAUAAGUUUCCCGACCUAAACGACGAUUUCAAAUUGUCUGAAAAAAUCUUGGAUCAAAUCAAUUCUAAACUUACCAAGUUUAAGAUUUCCCAAGAAGCCUCUACUUCCAAAGACUCUUCGAAAGACAAGGGUUCUCUUUCUAAAUUGUCCAGCGAAAGAUUUUCCACUAGGAAAAAUUAUUAUCGCAAACCUUCUCCACCGGACGUUCAGUUCGAAGAAAAUCCCUUCCUUUCUACCUCCAGCCACGAUGGACGAGGUAUUACCGAGUGGAAUAUUGAUGGUCUGGCAGAACACCAGAUCUACAAUAAACUCCAUGAGAUAGCUGUGGCAAUCACAGCAUAUAAAAUCAAAGGUUCCUCUGAUAAAGGAGCCGCCACCAUGAUUGUCUCGGGAUUCACCGGUAUGCUCAAACAUUGGUGGGACAACUACGUCUCUGAAGAUGAGAAAAAUCUCAUCUACAAUGCUACAACGCUAGAACCUGUAGCUAGAACCGUCAAUGGUCAAGAAACCAUAGUUCAAGAAGCACAAGAAGAUGCUUGUGCAACCCUCCUUUACCAUAUAGCUAGACACUUUGUUGGAGAACCAAAACUCUUCCAAGAUAGGAGUCUAGAAAUCUUGAACAAUAUGCGAUGCAAAAAUCUCGCUGACUUUCGAUG